AUGCAUCCUUGGACCUUACUUGGCGGAUUAUCCGCAAUUGGAGGAGUUGCCCUCGCUCAAUCCAGUGUAUUUGAGCCAGCCAGUUUUAAUGUCACCAACGCAUUGGAGGAUCUUGGUGUAGACGUUUCGGAAAUCCCGGCACUCCAAUCACUUUCUAGCAUCCAAUCGCGGUCUAGCCAAACAUCUUGCUCGAUUGCGUGCUCAAGCCUCAGCUUCCUUUUUGGAUCCAAGGUGUCAGCUCAGAAUACCGCUGGAUAUGAAAACUUCACUGGCUCAUUUUGGUCUGUGCAGCAAGAAGAAGUCCAGCCCCAUUGCGUCUUCCGGCCCACUGCGAACACAGAAGUCAGUACUGCAGUCUUGAUCUCCCGUCUUACCGGUUGUGAGUUUGCCGCCAGAAGUGGCGGUCAUGCUGCUUUCACUGGAGCCUCCAGUAGACCUGAUGGAAUCAGUAUCUGGUUCAAGGACAUGAACGAGGUCACUUUGAACAGUGACAAGUCUGUUGCUUCCAUCGGACCUGGAAACAACUGGUUGUCAGUUUACUCCGCACUCGAGCCCUACGGUAUUGCUACUGUCGGAGGCCGUGCCUCUAGCAUUGGUGUGGGUGGUUUUGUUCUGGGUGGUGGUAUCUCUUACCAUUCCAACUUGUAUGGAUGGGCUUGUGACAACGUUGAAAGCUUCGAGGUCGUCACUGCCAGUGGUUUGAUUGUCACUGCAAGUGAAUCCUUCUUCUCGGACUUGUACUGGGCUCUGCGCGGUGGUGGCAACAACUUUGGUCUUGUCACCAAAUAUAACCUCUACACGAUCCCUUCUCCCGUUAUGCGCGGUGGAGCCCGAAGCUUCCUCCGGGGAUCUGUUACCGACUCGUCCUCUGGAUUCAAUGAUGUCAUCAAUGCUUUCAUCAACGUCGUUAACAAUGCCACCGUGGAUGGACAUGCUCAGCAAUAUGUGGCCUUCCUUCAGACCAGCGGAAUGGACCUGGCCUCGGCUGAGCUGACCUAUACGAAGAACGUCACCGACCCAGAAAUCUUCAAACAGUACAGAAGUAUUCCUGCAGUCUCCGAUGUUACAAGCACCAAGACCCUGGUCGAGUAUGUGAAGUAUCUCGAGACCGAGAACCCAUUCGGUCUUCGUGAGGUGUAUUGGCCUCUCGCCUUUGAACUUAACGAGGAAUUCUCUAACUGGGUAGUCACUCUAUUCUACUCGAUGAUUCCCCAGAUCGCCAAUGUUACCGGCGCUCAGCCCGUGAUCAUCUACCAGGGUAUUACUGAGCCCAUGCUCAACAACAUGAACAACAACGGGGGCAACGCUCUCGGACUCGCCGACUCAACUGGUCCUGUCCACCUUAUGCACAUCGCCUGCUGGUGGACUAACGAGUCUGAUGAUGAGACCAUCUAUAGCUUCGUCAACAGCUUCUGGGAGAAGGUGGUUGCACAGGCCAAGACUGCAGGUGUAUACAAUGAGUAUAUUUACAUGAACUACGCCAGUAUGUUCCAGGAUCCUGUCUCCGGAUAUGGAGAGUCGAACAAGGCCUUGUUGAAAAAUAUUGCGAAGAAGUAUGACCCCAAGGAAGUCUACCAGACACUCCAGCCCGGUUACUUUAAGCUCGAUGGUGCUCCCGUGACUGGCUCGUUUUAG